UCGGAACGAAGGAAAAAAUGAAAAAUAUGGUACUCUUGGAGGACGAAGUCGGUUGUUGAUCAACGGGGUACGAAGCGGAUUUACGAAAUACGACCUUGCUAUGAAAUACGCGGUCAAACCUUGACAAAAAAGAUCAGAGCGAGAGAGAGGAGAGAAAUUUAGACAAGGUAGACAGGUUCCGGAAAGUACAGGCGCCGCGGUACCAACUGUCGCGAUACGCAAACUCGAGUCAGCCAAGUUUCGCAAACAAUGUCACAACGACGUGUCUUUCGUUCGUCCCUAAUUUGCCAACUGACCUCUCUAGGUGAAUCGCGUCGGUAUGCGUCGCGACGCACCUUCCAUACACCACGGAGUGGGCGUUUGAACGAGGCUUACCAAUUGUUACUCAAUCGAUUCGCUGAAAGAAGUAAACACACAGGUUAACGUAACGUUAUCGGUAUCGGUAUUAACUUCGACCAGCCCGGCCACGUUACGUUAGCAUGGAAAUAGAGACCGGAUUACGGGAUAGGAUUCGUACAUAUUAACGAACGGUCGGUUAACUAACCGGAGUUAUCUCCAAUUACGUAUAUGAGGGGCGUUUGCUCGUUACAGACGACGCCGACAAAUCCUAUAACCGGCCGAUCCGAUAGUCCCUUGUCGCAUCGAUUUCUAGAUAGAAUUCUUACAGCCAAUAAAGUCGACACUAUCGAUAGGGAUUUCUCCUUCUCGGGAUUUCUAGGCAGUCGAAGGGUAAACGACGGAAGAGAAGCAUCGAUCGCGUGUUUAAGGUCAUAAGGACCAUAUCGUGAAUGACCGGGCCGUAAAGUAAAAAGGGAGACGCCGGGGUCUUUCGGGUACGUUGCACGCGGAUCCAGCCGACCAGCGUAGUCCUUGACAAUGUUCUCCCUGCGUGGAGACGAAAAGAAACGCGAUGAGACCCUGAACGCGUCCAGCCGCGAAGGUAGUGGGAAGUGGUUGGAUAGUCCUGUCCCGAACGAAACAAACCGAACACCGUGGAAUGGAACGGAAUGGAGCGAAAUAGAGCCGCGUGUAAUCGAAGAUCGCGCGUUAUGGUGGGAGAGGUCAGCGUGGCGGAAUAAAAGGGCAGCGGAUCGGUUAGCCGAGCAUCAUUCGACUCUCAGCGAUCUCAGCUGUUAAGUUCAUCAGUUCUUCAACUGUCAAGCAACGACAACCCACGUCGCAACCAUGUACAAAUUCGUCGCUCUGUUCGCUUUGUUCGCCUGUGCCUUGGCUGCUCCGGCACCAGCGCCAGAACCAGCUCCAGGCUACUUGGCACCGGCCGCGUACCACGCUCCGGUCGUCGCUGCGGCACCGGCGGUCGCGGUAGCCCACACCGUUCCCGUUGCCACCAGUUACGCCAACACCUACAAAGUCUCGGUGAAGAGCCCCGUGGUCGCCGCUGCUCCUUACAUCGCCGCUGCACCUUUGGCCACCGCCGCCGUCGUCAAAACCGCCGCUCCUCUGGUCGCUGCCGCCCCCGCUGUCAUCGCACACGCCCCAGUCGUCGCUUCGUACACGUACUGAACCAUGUUCAAUCAACCAACGGGUCCGCUUCUCCAGCCGCUCUAGUCGACCGUGCUCUUCCGACGACGUCGUUCCCACGAUCGGUUCACCCAUCGCCGUUAGCGCCACGAGAAUCGACGCUGUCGGUUAAUCAUCAACAAUAAACUUUGCUCAUUUUCAACUCAA